GAUAUAUGGUAUCCGAGUAUUUGAGUACCAGAGCGGGUCGCUAUAUACACUCUGUUGGCCCUGUCCGUUUGCCUGAGCUAUUGCAUUGGGUUUUCGUUUAUAGCUUAGUUCGGUUUCGCUGGCCCAAGGUGACGCAUCGUCGGAAGCUCCGGGUUUUUAGUGCUUCCUCUCCACUUCGGUUCUGUUCUGUUCUGGCCAACAUAUAACAUUUUUUGGCAACACGUGUUGGUUGAUAAUUGCCGGAACGGAGAAUUAUAGCUCUCUCGUUCUCUGCUUUUAAAGGGAGCAAAGUACACGUCAACGUAGCUGAGAACCGAGUGGCUUUUCGGCUUCUCAGGAACUCAGCUGAGUGCGUCGACAUCACGAGAUAGUGCCAAAAAGCAUAGCGGUUCCGAUUUAGUGAUUCAUUAGACCGCCGCCACUCGACGAAGUCAGCUGCGCGAAAAAAAAAGGAAUCUAAAAUUUAGAUUUUUCCAAGUUCCCCAAAAACCAUGGGCUACGAUGAGGCCAUCGUCCAUCUGGGCGACUUUGGACGCUACCAGAAGAUCAUCUACUUCCUCAUCUGCCUGACCUCUAUUCCCGUGGCCUUUCACAAGUUGGCCGGGGUCUUUUUGCUGGCCAAACCCGACUUUCGUUGCGAGUUGCCCUUUGAGAAUGGAAGUACCCACUAUGAGUUGUCCAGUAACCUUUGGAACUUGUCGUUUCCCCCGGGAGAAAAGUGUGCCUACUACGAUGUGAGUUAUAGUGAAGAAUAUCUAAAUGGCAGUAUUCCCAGGAGUAGCAAUGAAACCAAGAGCUGUGACCGCUACGUUUACGACCAGGGAACGUAUCUAAAUAGUGCGGUGACCGAAUGGAACCUGGUUUGUGGUCGGGACUUCAUGGCCGCCACCAGUGAUUCCCUCUUCAUGCUGGGCGUGCUCCUGGGGAGCAUAGUCUUUGGCCAACUGAGUGAUAAGUACGGCAGGAAGCCCAUACUAUUUGCCUCUCUGGUCAUCCAAGUGCUCUUUGGAGUUUUGGCUGGAGUUGCUCCCGAGUAUUUUACCUACACAUUCGCUAGAUUAAUGGUGGGAGCUACUACAUCCGGUGUCUUCCUGGUGGCCUAUGUGGUGGCCAUGGAGAUGGUGGGUCCCGACAAGCGCCUCUAUGCCGGCAUCUUCGUGAUGAUGUUCUUCUCCGUGGGAUUUAUGCUGACUGCGGGAUUUGCCUACUUUGUCCACGACUGGAGAUGGCUGCAGAUUGCUUUGACUUUGCCGGGAGUGAUCUUCAUGUGCUACUACUGGAUCAUUCCGGAAUCAGCCCGCUGGUUGCUCUCCAAAGGUCGCAAGGAUUGCGCCAUUGCCAAUAUGCAGAAGGCAGCGAGGUUUAAUAAGGUGGUGAUAAGUGAUGAGGUUUUGAGUGACCUACUGGAUGAGGGUGAAUCCACGGAGGAGAAGGCCAAGCAGAAGUUGGAGGAUCAGGAUCAGGGACCUCCGCCCUCUGUUUGGGAUCUCUUCUGCUAUCCCAAUCUCCGCCGGAAAACGCUGCUUAUUUUCCUGGACUGGCUGGUCACGAGUGGCGUUUACUAUGGUCUCUCCUGGAACACCAAUAAUCUGGGUGGCAAUGUGCUCCUCAACUUCCUCAUCUCGGGAAUGGUGGAGAUUCCUGCUUAUAUAUUCCUACUGCUUACCCUCAAUCGCUGGGGCAGAAGAUCCAUUCUGUGUGGCUGCCUGGUAAUGGCGGGUUUGAGUCUUCUGGCCACAGUCAUCAUUCCGGAGAGGAUGCACACCCUAGUCGUAGUUUGUGCCAUGAUGGGCAAGCUGGCCAUUACGGCCUCGUAUGGAACCGUUUACAUAUUCUCCGCCGAACAGUUUCCCACGGUGGUGAGAAAUGUGGCCUUGGGAGCCGCUUCCAUGGUGGCCCGCAUCAGUGGAAUGAUGGCGCCGUUCCUCAACUUUUUGGCCACCAUCUGGAAGCCACUGCCGCUGCUCAUCUGUGGAUCUUUGGCCUUGGCAGCAGGAUUGCUAUCCCUGCUCCUGCCUGAGACCCACAAUAAACCCAUGCUGGAAACCAUAGCCGAUGGCGAGCGAUUUGGCAAGAAGACCAAGGGAGAUGUCUACCUGGAGGCGGGACAGGAACUUCAGCUGAAGCCGGAGAUGCAGCCGCUCAAGGGAUCAUCUGAAACCAAUGGACUGCAGACCAAUGGCCACCACAAGUACUAG